AUGGUAAUAGGUCUGCUUUUACUUACAUUAAUUAUACAUCAGAUGGCCGUGACGUUGAUUGUUACACAUAAAAUUAACUCCGAAAGACGAACAAUUGGUGAUGAUUUGUUAAGUCGCUACACGACAGAUAAAGGACACGAAGAAAGAAACAAAACGGAAGAAAAUAUUACAACGUCUGACGGACAAGUACCACGGGAGAGUACGCAGCACCAGCCAACAAGUUUCAUGGGUAAUUUACCAGACUGUGUUCACAAUCAGUCAACAUUUCAUGGACGAGAACCCAUAACAAUGAAAUAUCAUCAGUGGAAUCACCUAGAAAAAAUGUUCGCGGAUACCGUAGCUGGGAGAUGGAGACCUAUGCAAUGUCAGGCUAAGUUCCGGGUAGCCAUUAUUAUCCCAUAUAAAGAUCGGGACCCUCAUCUGAAGUUAUUCAUUGCUAACGUCUUGCCCAAACUACAGCGUCAACAGCUGGACUAUACUAUAUAUGUAGUGGAACAGACACCUGAAAAUCAUUUCAACAGAGGGAUGAUGCGCAAUAUAGGAUUUGUGGAAGCCUCGAAACAUGCCAAAUACGAUUGUUACGUAUUUAAUGACGUUGAUACACUUAUUGAGGACGACCGGAACUUGUUCAUGUGUGACAACCUUUUCCAGCAAAAGAUUCACCACAUCGGAGCGUUUGUUGAUAUGUUUGAUUACAAACUUUUGUAUGAAAAACUCAUAGGAGGGAUACUGAGCGUAACCUACAAACAAUUUGUGAAAGCAAAUGGUUACUCUAACUGCUUCUUUGUAUGGGGAGGUGAAGACGACAAUCUAUGUCAUAGAUUUCAUAGUCUGGGUUACCAAGUAAUUCGUCCGUCAGAAAAAGUCGGACACAUAACUACCCUCUUCCACGAACGAGAUCCCGAAGUGAAUGAGAGGAAUGUGGUUUUAAAGAAGGUAAGAAAUCAUACUUACACAGAUGGUCUGAACACACUGCAGGACAAGUAUACAUUGGUUGUACGCGAAGAAAGGAAAUUGUUUACAUGGCUGUAUGUACGGGUGAACGAGGAACUAAUUAAACACUAUAUAGCUUCCAUUCCGACACCUAAACCACCACCUCCAAAACUUCGGAAAAAACAAGUCAAUGGAAGGAGGAAUGCGCACGCUGUGAACGGACGUCGGAGCUGA